UAGUUUUCUGUAACGGUCAAAAUAAUGAGUGUUUACCUGGCGGUCUUUAUUGUUUUAGCCUAUCUGGUUUGGAUAAAAUGCAUUUACUAUUGGCAUCGACGAACUUUGGUGAAGUCGUUGAAACAUGUAAUGAACAUUUUAUCAAGCAAAGAAACAAACGGCGCUGACAUCAGAGCUCUGGUCGUAACUGCACAUCCGGAUGAUGAAUGUAUGUUCUUCGCGCCAACGAUUAUACGGCUCGUUGAAUUAAAUGCCAGCGUUCAUUUGCUGUGUUUAUCUGAAGGAAACUACUACAAUCAAGGAUCUCAGCGUAAACAAGAACUUCUCAACAGCUGUGCCAUGUUGGGGAUACCAGACUCCAGAAUCACCAUAGUAGACCAUAAAAAACUUCCAGACGAUCCCAAAGCAGAAUGGAGCAUCUCUUUGGCCUCUUCUGUAAUUGUGAAGCACAUAAGAGCUCACUCCUUCAACAUGGUGUUGACCUUCGAUGGAAGCGGAGUAAGCGGCCAUGCCAAUCACGUAGCCAUCCAUAAAGCUGUCAGCCAUCUCGCUUACACUGGACAAGUACCCAGUGACUGCUGUUUGCUCUCCCUUGUGACUGUCGGCCUCUUCAGGAAAUACCUCUCCUUCCUGGACCUUCCCCUCAGCUGGCUGCUGCCCUCAUGUCUCCGCUGUAUUAUAGGCUCACAGGGCUACAGUCAAGCCAAAGAGGCCAUGUUUUGUCAUCGCACUCAGCUCCUUUGGUUUCGUUACCUCUACAUCGCCUUCUCUCGGUACAUGUUCGUGAACACAUUCCAAAUGAUCCCACAAGGACCAAAGAACCUGAAGAUCUAUUAGGUUUAUCUCAUUCAGAUCCAGAUGCACUGAUUGUUACUCUGUCCCACUGCGUAACUACUCGAAUACUGUGGUGGGAGUGAAUUUAGAGGCUGUUUACAAAUGUAAUAUGCUGUUUCGCUCACAGUGAAUAAAGAUUUCUUCAACACUUUGUUGGCUAAAGUAGCCUGCAUCAUUUUUGUAAGCACUUUCCAUAAAUAAAGCUGACCCUAAUUUUGAAAUAACACUAA